UCCUCGGGCCUCGCCGGCUUUCCCGCCAUGUCGUUCCUGGAGAGCGGGAGGUGCUCGGUUGCAGUGCGCCGCCGCCUCGGUACCCCCGUCCCUUUUUGUCGGCCGGGGUUUUCCUCCUUGACUCAAGGGGAUAGUUGGGGUGAAGGUGAAGUGGACGAGGAGGAUGAAUGCGACCAAGUAGCCCGCGACUUGCGGGCAGAAUUCUCGGCUGGGGCGUCGUCAGAGCCUAGAAAGGGCUUGUUACUCCCGCCGGAGGGGGACGGGUCUCCGGUCCUGCCGGAUAAGCGCAAUGGCAUCUUCUCGGCGGAUACGCACGGCCGGACACAGGUUGGGCGGUGGCCGGUCCAGGUCCUCUCAGUUCUCUGUUCGCUGCUGUUCGCCGCCCUCCUCGCCUUCCUCCUCGCCAUCGCCUACCUGAUCGUAAAAGAGUUACAUGCUGAGAAUUUGAAGAAUGAAGAUGAUAUAGACACUGGGCUAUUAGGUUUCUGGACUCUACUUAUAAUAUCCGUAACUGCCGGGUUCUCCUGCUGCAGCUUUUCUUGGACAGUGACUUAUUUUGAUUCUUUUGAACCAGGAAUGUUUCCUCCUACUCCUCUUUCACCUGCCAGGUUCAAGAAACUUACUGGACAUUCUUUCCACAUGGGCUAUAGUAUGGCAAUAUUGAAUGGCAUUGUAGCUGCUUUUACUGUUGCAUGGUGCCUCCUGUAAACUCACACUGAAGCAAUACUCUUGGCAAAACUUAGUCAUGAUUACGUUGUAAUAGCAAAGAAGAACAUGGUUGCCUCCUCAGAAGACCAAGAAACCUGCUAUUCAUUAUGUGAUUCAGAUAUACUUUACAUCAUCAUCAUGGAGGAUCUUCUUAAGCAUUGUUCUAAACCUGGACAUUAGGAUAGCUGAGUAUUAAGUUUUAAGUAAUUUCUUAAAAUUCUAAGAUGUUUACCUCAUUUCUUUUCUUACAACAUUCCAUUCAGUUAAUUUUCUAAAUUGUAGAAAACACUUUCAUGGAAAUCAAACUGGAAAACUUGAAUACAGAACAAUGCCCACCUUCUAUGUUAUUCUACAUUUUUGCUAAGAAUCACUGAUAUUACUAUUUAAUUGAGAUGGAACCAUUUCUUAAUUAUUCAUCAUCAGGAAAGCAAACAAUGCCCACUACUUUAACAUUUUAUAGAAGCUAUGUUAAAUCAGAAUGUUUAGUUUGAUAUUCAUAUAUUAAAUAGAGGGUGCAUUUGUAUUUUUUAAUGGGGUAUAGUUUCUUGCGUGUGUGGUGUUUUUUUUUUUUUUUACAUAUUUUCCUACUACAUUGAAUUUGUAUGUUUUAAAAAUUGUUACAUCUAGACAAAUGUAAAUGUUAUUCUUUACCUGGUGCAAACCCAGUAAUUCCCAUUUUUAAUAAGUAUUUUGUCUUUUAAAAAAUGCACAUUGACCUUAGUUAAAAAUUAAGUAAACUUAUUUUUAACAAAAAAAUGACUGAAAAAAGGUAACUUAUUUAAGCCAUUAGAAUACUGAGAAAUUUGAAGCUGGUUCACCAUUUCUGUUUCUAUAAUCCAAAUAUUUAUCCUGAUGUGUAUAGAUGGUUACUUCAACAGAACUGAUAUUAUUUGUUUUUAAUAAAUAUAAACCUGACAUUUUUAUAUUUAGAAAUGCUUGAACUAGUUUGUUUUAAUCUCAAAAAUUUAGUUACCAAAACAUAAAAGUAUUUUGAUACAGUGUGUAUAUAUGUAUAAUUUUUAUAUAUAGUUUCAUAAUUUUCCUAUUUAAAUGUUCGAUAAUUUUGAUGUUAGUUUUUGUUUUUAUAGUAAUUAAGCCUUAAUUGUUCUCACUUCCUUUCUAAAUACCUGUUUAUAAAGUCACUUCAAUUUUAAAAAGAUGGACUAUUUAAAAUGCUGUUUUUCCCUAGUAAUAGAAAAACUUACAUUUAGGAGAGCAUUGUAGAGUGAAAUUGCAUAUUCAGACUAAAUGGGAAAUGAGUUUGUGCAGUGUGUUCCUGUUACCUGCUGAGGGUUGUUACUGAAUAAAUGAUUUAAUGAUGUU